GUUCUGGAACUCAGCCUGGCCUGCCCCGGCCCCCUCAGCCCUUCCCACCUUUCCUGGGUCCCUGCUGGAAACUGGCCACCGACACCACGGCACAGCGCGCUGCGCAGGGCCGGGGGCGGCUGCCUGCAGGUCGUGUCUGACUUCGACAUGACCCUGAGCAGAUUCUCACACUCUGGGAAGCGCUGCCCCUCUUCCUACAAUAUUCUGGAUAACAGCAAGGUGGUCAGCGAGGAGUGUCGCAGACAGCUCACCGCGCUCUUUAACCACUAUUACCCCAUCGAGACCGACCCCCAGCGGCCCGUGGAGGAGAAGCUGCCGCACAUGGUGGAGUGGUGGACCAGGGCGCACGAGCUGCUGUGUGGACAGAGGAUCCCGCGGCUGCAGAUCGCUGAGGUGGUCCGGGAGUCGGGUGCAAUGCUCAGGGAAGGCUACGAGACCUUCUUUGACACGCUACACCAGCACGACAUCCCGCUGUUCAUCUUCUCUGCGGGCGUGGGGGACGUCCUGGAGGAAGUGAUCCGGCAGAGGGAGGUGCUACACCCCAACGUCCACAUCGUGUCCAACUACAUGGACUUCGGUGACGAUGGGCUCCUGCAGGGGUUCAAGGCCCCACUCAUUCACAUCUUCAACAAGAACAGCUCCGCGGGCGGCAGCGCCAGUUACUUCCGGCAGCUCCAGGGCAGAACCAACAUCCUGCUGCUCGGGGACUCCCUGGGGGACCUCAGCAUGGCGGACGGGGUUCCCAGGGUACAGGACAUCCUCAAGGUCGGCUUCCUCAAUGACAAGGUGGAGGAGCAGCGCGAGCGCUACCUGGACGCCUACGACGUUGUGCUGGAGAACGACGAGACGCUGGACGUGGUCAACGGGCUGCUGCGGCACGUCCUGUCCCUGGCGGACAGCGAGGACGAGCGGGGCUCCUGAGGGUACACACAGCUGUCCCGGAGCGGAGCGCCGGGCCCCAGCUCCCCCACCCCUCCGUCCACGCGGCCUGGACCCCGUACACGGGCAUCCUGUGGGCGCCUCGCCCAGGGUUCUUUUAAAAAGGCUGUAUCUCAGACAAAUACAAAGGGUAAAGCAGA